AGGGCGGAGUCAAUGGAGAUGAACUACACCUGUGUGUUCUGGUCGGAGGGGCGUGUCCAGGAAGAGGGAGGGGCGUGGUCAAGUCGUGGCUGUACCAAAAUCACGUCUAACGCUACACACACCGUGUGUUCCUGUUCCCACCUUAGCAGCUUUGCUGUUCUCAUGGCCCUCUACCCUGUACAGAACACCUUUGAGCUGCGUCUGUUGACGUGGCUGGGUCUGUCGGUGUCUGUGGUGUGUCUGUUGCUGUGCAUCCUGACCUUCUGGCUGUGUCGGUCCAUCCAGGGGACACGCACCACCAUCCACCUCCACCUCUGUGUCUGCCUCUUCAUCGCUGACCUCGUCUUCCUCAGCGGUAUCUCACACACACAGAGCAAGGGAGGAUGUGGGUUUGUAGCAGGUCUCCUCCACCUGUUCUUCCUAGGAUCCUUCAGUUGGAUGUUGUUAGAGGGGGUUCAGCUCUAUCGCAUGGUGGUCCUGGUCUUCAACACUACCAUAAGACCUCUGUACCUGCAUGCUGUGGGAUAUGGACUGCCACUGACUAUAGUCAUCAUCUCUGCCAUCACCUACCCAGAUGGAUACGGUACCACACAACACUGUUGGUUGUCUCUGGAGAGAGGAUUCAUCUGGAGUUUCUUCGGCCCAGUGUGCACCAUCAUCUUCCUCAACGCUUUCAUCUUCAUCAUCACUGUCUGGAGGCUGGCCCAGAAGUUCUCUAGUCUCAACCCUGACCUCUCCAACCUACGCAAGAUCAAGGUGUUCACAGUGACAGCAGUGGCCCAGCUGUGUGUGUUGGGUACUAUGUGGAUAUUUGGAGUGUUCCAGUUCCAAGAGGAGGGGACAGUGGUCAUGACAUAUCUCUUCACUAUCCUCAACUCUCUACAGGGAGCACUGCUGUUCAUCAUGCACUGCCUACUGAACAAAACGGUAUGGUGUGUGUGGGUCAAGGAGCGCAGAGAACACGGGGGAGUCGCAGAUAUGACGUCACCAAACCCCCACAAUGCACCUCUUUACUUCUCCUCCCAUGACAAAGGUUCCCACCAGAUGGCCAAACUGUAA